CCUUGCUGUUCGUCUCCACAGGGAAACGGAGGAACGGCGCCAUCUUCCUCAGAAGAAGGCCACGAGGAUUUUGUGGGCGGGACUUACGUGAGAUUCGACGCCCCGAAAGCCAAGAUCAGGAAGAGCUGGCCCGGCGUCCGAGACAUGAUUCUGCAUCGCUACAUGGUGUCACGUGUCAUCUGGGCCUACAUGCUGUCCAUAGCUGUGACCUACAGCAUCACCCUGUGCCUGUUUCCUGGCCUGGAGUCAGAGAUCAGGAACAAAGCUUUGGGGGAAUGGCUGCCCAUCCUCAUCAUGGCCACAUUCAACAUGUCCGACUUCGUCGGGAAGAUCCUGGCGGCGCUGCCGUACGACUGGUCCGGCGGCCGCCUGCUCUUCUUCUCCUGCCUGAGGGUGGUCUUCAUCCCUCUGUUUGUGAUGUGUGUGUACCCGGUGAGCGCGCCCAUGCUGUCCCACCCAGCCUGGCCGUGUCUCUUCUCCCUCCUCAUGGGAGUCACCAACGGCUACUUCGGGUCCGUGCCAAUGAUCCAGGCGGCUGGAAAAGUACCGCCUGAGCAGAGGGAGCUGGCAGGAAACACAAUGACAGUUUCCUAUAUGACGGGUCUAAUGGUGGGCUCCUCCGUGGCAUACGCAACGUACAGCUUCACCCCGACGGCGGCGGGAGCGCGCCUCCCCACACAUGCACCUUUCAAUGCGACAGGGUACUGAAUGUCCACACAGACCAAAACACACGCACGCACACACACACACGCACACACACGCACACACACGCACACACACACACACACACACACAUAAUUAUAUAUCUACCCAUGUGCAGCAGAAGCAAGCAUUUAAAGUUGUAGCAACAUUUUCAUCCUGUGUGGUGAAGUUUCUAAGAAGAGCAGAGUUGGAGCUGCGCCCCCCGCCAGCAGCUGGCUGAGGCCGACACACCUGACCUUUGAGAAUCGCUUGGUGAAAUUACGAACGGGUCGUCUGACAUUUGUGAGGUGUGACAGCGAGUCGUGUUUCACCGCGAGGAGCGGAGCACCGUUUGUGUCGAGCGAGUUAAACUCGUCGUUUUUGAUGACGUCCCAGAGCUGUUCAGAGUUCAGAGGAAGGUGGAGGGAGUCAGGGAGGUCGUUCAGGGGUCAUCAGAAUAACCAUUUCAGAGGCUGAAGAAAUAUUGAUGGUGAAAUAACUGCACAAACACAAAAUCUUACCAAGUAUUUUUGUCUAGUUUCUAGUGCAAGUAUAAAUAAGAGAACUAUGUUCAGCAAGAUAAGAUCUUGUUUUAAGUCAAUAAUUCCUUAAUAUUGCUGAAAAAUAUUUAGGAUUGUUGCUCCAUUGGAAGACUAUAAGUGACAUAAUCUGCCAAUGGAGCAAUGCAUUUUUCUCUUAUUAAAAGUUAAAAUGUCUUAUUCCACUAGCAGAUU